AUGUGCGUUGACUACACCAGUCUCAACAAUGCUUGUCCAAAAGAUUGCUACCCCCUGCCGAAGAUCGACCAGCUGGUCGACGCCACGGCCGGCCACGCCCGACUCUCGUUCAUGGACGCCUUCUCCGGGUACAACCAGAUCAGGAUGGCACCCGAAGACCAAGAGCAUACAGCCUUCCUCACCGAGCAGGGGAUAUAUUUUUACAAAGUUAUGCCGUUCGGAUUGAAAAAUGCCGGGGCAACCUACCAGAGGACGGUGAAUAAGAUCUUCGCACACCAGAUCGGACGAAACAUGGAGGUAUAUGUCGACGACAUGAUCGUAAAGAGCCGAACGGCGGAAGCUCAUCCCUCCGACCUGGCGGAAGCAUUCGACACUCUGCGGAGGUUCGGCUUGCGCCUCAACCCCGCCAAGUGCGCCUUCGGCGUGACCUCGGGAAAAUUCCUCGGAUUCAUCAUACACGAGAGAGGGAUUGACGCCAACCCAGAAAAGAUACAGGCCAUCAUCGACAUGCAGCACCCUCGGACGAUCAGAGACCUGCAGCGCCUUAACGGGAGGCUAGUCGCUUUGUCGCGUUUCCUCUCCCGAUCGGGAGAUCGCUGCCACUCCUUUUUCCAGGCCCUGAAAGACCCGAAGAACUUCCGAUGGACGGCGGAAUGCGAGAAGGCAUUCGAGCAGAUGAAGCUACACCUGGCCAGCCUCCCGCGACUCGCUCCGGUCUCCCCGGGGGAGAAGUUGAGUCUCUACCUUGCCGUCUCCCAGCACGCGGUCAGUUCGGUUCUAGUCAAAGAAAUGUCCGGCGACCAACUGCCGGUCUACUACGUCAGCCACAUGCUGAGCGGGCCGGAAGAACGCUAUCCGCCGAUCGAAAAGCUGGCGCUGGCACUCGUCCUGUCGGCACGGAAGCUCCGCCCCUACUUCCAGGCCCACCCGAUAGAGGUAAUAACUGAUCAGCCGCUUCGGCUUGUUCUAUCCAAAUUCGACGUUGCAGGGCGUCUCCUCAAAUGGGCAGUGGAGCUCGGCGAGCACGACAUACAGUACAUACCUCGGACCGCCAUCAAAGCCCAGUCCGUGGCAGACUUCAUCGCGGAGCUAACCCCGAAUACAGGCGAAGAACUCAAGCCGUCGCGUGACACGUGGACCCUCCACGUAGAUGGCUCGGCCAACGCAAAAGGCGCCGGCGCGGGGCUGGUACUGGUAACACCUGACGGCCGCUCGAUUGAGCGCUCCUUCCACUUCGGGUUCAGAGCCACCAACAACGAGGCCGAAUACGAGGCCCUCCUGGCGGGGCUCCAGUUGGCACUGGAAAUGCGGGUGGCUGACAUACGCGUCACCACCGACUCGCAGCUGGUGGCUAGGCAGUUGGGCGGCGAAUACGAGGCUCGGGACCCGACUAUGGCGAAAUACCUAGCACAGGUAAAAGGCCUUGCCGCCAAGUUCGCCCAUUUUGAAUUGUUGAAUGUUCCCAGGCGCGAGAACCAGCGAGCCGACACCCUGGCUAAACUGGCGUCCGGCCCAGCCCCCUGGGCUCGGCCCGAGACCGAAGAACUCCCCCGCCGAGCCAUAGAGGUCGUCGCCACCGUCGCCCACGACGCGCCGGCAACUUGGAUACAGGAGAUGUUACGCUUCAAGCAGGACGGAACCCUGCCCGACGAUGCAAUCGCGGCUCGGCGCUUGCGUCGGACGCAAGCGUGGUACGCCGAGGAAGGAGGACGACUGUACAAGCGGUCCUUCUCGCGCCCCCUCUUGCGCUGCCUGGAGCCGGGCGAAGCCCGGACGGUUCUGUCCGACAUGCAUGAAGGGGCCUGCGGGGAGCACAUAGGCGAACGAGCCCUGGCGCACAAGGUACUCCGACAGGGAUACUACUGGCCGACCAUGCGCCAGGACGCGAAAGCUUUCGUGCGGCGAUGCGGCUCGUGCCAGGAGCACGCCCGCACCGCCCGGCGGCCGGCGGUCCUGUUCACCCCCGUCGACUGUGCCUGGCCAUUCGCGCAGUGGGGGCUGGACAUACUCGGGCCUCUCCCGCCCGCCUCCGGCCAGCGGAAGUUCAUCAUCGUGGGAGUGGACUACUUCACCAGAUGGGUCGAAGCCGAGCCCCUAGCAACCAUCACGGAGUCGCAAGUAGAAAGAUUCGUGUGGAGAAACCUCAUAACUCGUUUCGGCCUGCCCCAGUCCAUCGUCACCGACAAUGGACCUCAGUUCGCCGGCAGGAAAUUCCAAGAGUUUUGCGCCAGGCACAAAAUUCAGCUGAGGUUCAGCUCGGUGGCUUACCCCCAGGCGAAUGGGCUGGCUGAAGUAACCAACCGGUCCAUCGUCGACGGACUCAAGAGAAGGGUAUCCGCUACCCGAUCGGCUUGGAUCGACGAGCUCCCGAGCGUCCUGUGGGCGCUUCGCACUACCCCCAAGACCCCGACCGGGGAGUCUCCCUAUAGCCUCACGUUCGGGACCGAGGCCGUGUUACCAUCCGAGGUGACCGUCCCGACUCCGCGGACGGCAGGCUACAGCGAAGAAGCCUCGGGCGAAGGGCUCCGAUCAAACCUGGACCUGCUCGAAGAAAGACGGGCCAACGCUCACCAGAAAGCUCUUUCUUACAAAAGAGCAGUAGCGAGGGUCUACAACCGGAGCGUGCGACCCCGAUCGAUAAAGUUAGAGGACUUGGUCCUGCGCAAAACCGAGGUCAGCCACCCAACCCAAGUGAGGGGGAAAUUGGCCCCAAAGUGGGAGGGACCCUAUCGGGUCAUCGGAGUAUCCCGACCGGGAACGUUCCGACUCGCAACAAUGGAUGGCGACCCCGUACCCCGGACUUGGAACAUACAAAACCUUAGGAAAUAUUUCGUCUAA